CAUCCGACUCGAUUGAACGCAACGCGCUCCUGUUGCUUGUGCAUUCGAACCGGGCGGACAGCAGGCCAUUCCUUGCCGAUUCGGAUCUUCUCCAUUUGUGUCGAUCUAGCCCAAAACCCCGAAAUCCAAACCGCUGAGAACGACAAACCCCAAAGAAGCAAAAGCCACCAUAAGGCAUGUCCGUGUUUAACAAAAUCUUCCAGCGACGGUCGCGCGAAGUGAUUGUCAAUGGCAAGACAGUCAAUCCGCCACCGUUCGAUCUGGACGGGAACGACCUCUCCACCUUGUCCAACAUUUCGGGCUCGGACGAUGAGUCGGCCAGCGAAGGGCUGGCUGGCAAUUUUGACAGUGAACCUCGCGCUGAAGCGCCGCCGACCAAACCCAUCGCUUCUGCUACUGCUGCUGCUACUGCGGCUGCUACGCCAAAGUCGAAAGGCAACAGCAGCCAUAAUAAUGCUCCGGGUGCUGUAGUGCCCUCUGUUGCUGGCCCUGUGUUGGGACUUUCGUCACCGGGGACCAGCUCGUUGUUGUUAGUGCCAGGAGAAGCUGCUGCAGGCAAAAAACCGUUGAAGAAAUCCGGCUCCAACUCGAAAACGGCCACUUCGCCUCCGUCGCCUGCAAAGUCAUCGAGUCAAACAACCCCUGCCGAGCCCUUGGCGCGAACCACUAGCAAUACGACCAGCAAAUCCGGUCGAUCUAGCCCAGCGGGCAAGUCCGGGUCCGGCUCCGGCUCCGGCUCUGGCUCCCCCAACUUGGCACGGCGCCACUCGGACGGCGCGAGACUAUCGAGUGAAUUUGAAAGCGACACACUCUCGUCCAACGGGUCAAGCUCCGGCAACGGAUCGCUGUCGGGCGUGCCAGGAGCAUCGCCCAACAAGACCCGCCACAAGCGCCACGCUUCCAUGGAUGUCCUUGUCUCGGCGUCCACUGCGGAGCGUGCUGCCGAGGUCAAAUCUGCCCUGCAACGCAAAUACCAGUCCAUCCGCGCAUCCAAUGGCCGGUACAAUCCUCUAGAGCGCCGCCGCACGCUGCAACUCUUCCUGCAAAAUGAUGGCGAAGGGGACGAGGACAACGUCAACGUCCACAAAACGAUUCCCAUGCUUCGUCCCGGCGGCUCGGAGCGACCCGACGUGGAAGACCAGGACAAUACAAACAAGUGGGGCUGGCUCACCUCUCGUGGCUUUAUUCGACUCUACCAGCGCAAUCUCGGUUUCAAAACGCUCGCCUGCGACUUGUUCACCACCACAAAAGAAAUCUGCCUGCUCGCCACCGACAAGUUUAAUCUCGGCACCUCUCGCGACAAGUAUCAUAUUUAUGUCCAGUUGCAUGAUUGUGCUGCUGAGCGAAGAUUGGAAGACGAUGAGCAGCCGUUGCUAUUACAGCAGCAAUGGCUUCGUGAUAUGGGCUAUGACGAUGAUGACGCCUUGCAGCAGCAGGGUCGCUACGACCACUCGCACAUGUUCCGAUUCCUCUUUAGCAAUACCUCAACGGCCAUGGAGCACUCUUGGGAGCACAUGGAACGCAAGUUUGAGGCGUUUGUGCUCGGCAUUGGCGUCAGCAACACUCAUGUCAAGUCCAUGUCAAAACUAAGACCAUCCUUGCUCCUACAGUAUACCGACGAGCUAGAUCUCUCAAAUCACAGCCUAGGGACGUUGUUGCAUCAGGAGACGACCACCUUGUCGUCCCUCUUGCUCAAUUCAAUCAUCCAAUCGUCAUUGGGCAAGCUGUCGCUCUCGGGCAAUGUUCUUCCAUUCGUCCCGAAGGAAAUUUGCUCUUUGCAUCACCUAACUGCGCUUGACCUGUCCAACAACAUUCUCGCCGAUCUUCCAGUCGAGCUACCACGGUUGACGCGCCUCGAAGUGUUAAACUUGUCUCAGAAUGCCUUUAGCACGCUCCCGCUUGUGAUUGGAGGGUUGCAACGGCUCCGCGUGUUGCUUCUCGCAGACAACCGCAUCCACACCAUUCCCACCGAGCUCAGUCAGCUCCAAUCACUUGAAAAGCUGGACCUGCGAGGGAACAGCUUGGUAUCGCUCGAUCCCUCGCUCAUGGCGAUGCCGUCGCUCAAAUGGCUCAACAUUACAAACAACAAGAUUGACGCGCUGCCACAGGCGCCAGCCGACAAGCCCUGUGUCAUUCAACACCUGCUCUGUGAUUCCAACAUGAUGAGCAUUGCGCGCAUCUUCUAUCCCAAUCUGCACGAGGUGACUCUGCGACAGAACAACAUUACAGUGUUUGCCCCGCCUGGCGCUUCGCUCGCCUGCCUCUCCAAGCUCGACCUGUCCGCCAACAAGCUCAUUUCUUUGCCGGAUUCCAUCGAUCGCCUCGCCUCGCUGCGAUUCCUGCUUUUGGACAACAACCGCCUCACUCGAUUGCCCAACACGCUGACCAAGCUCAGCAAUCUCGAGACGCUGUCAGUGACGCGAAACGCUCUCACCAGUCUGCCGGACAUGAUUAGCAAUCUGCGUCGACUCAAGCACCUCCUGAUUCAAGUGAACAACUUGACGCACCUCCCGGAAGAGCUGUGGUUUUUGCCUCAGCUGGUCUUGCUGAAUGCCGGCUCCAACCUCUUGCAGUAUUUGCCAGAUCUCGAAAUUUACGCCGCCCACCAGCGCGCUGCGUCGUCCGGCAGUUCGGCGUCGUUUUCCGCCUCGACUGCUGCCCCGUCCAUCCCGUCAAACGCUGCCACAGCGGGCGGAGAUGCCGGGCAGGACGCGACGCGGCAGAGCACUGCAAGCUUGGCGAGCAACUCCACCAAGCCCAGCGACGGCACUGCUGGUGGUGGGGAUUCGCCACAAAGCAGCGGCACGACCACGCCUCAGCAACAGUCGGGUGGCGAGCCUGUUCCAGCCGUCACGGUGACCAUCCCGCAAUCGACUUCCGCCCCUUCCCUGUCCACUCCUUCCUCGACCACUGUUCCACCAGCGUGGGAUGCCUCCAACCCCAUGUCUCUGCAGCUUCGCAUGGCGAUGCUCAUGAAACUGGUCAACGAGAAGAGCGACUCCCCGGUUGCGCUGUUGCCCACUCCGUGCACUGUCGUCGGUAACUGCCCCACCAGUCCUCGUCAUGAAGGGCAUGUGCGACUUCGCAGCAUGCGAUCGCUGCCGCCAGUCACUGAGGGCGAGAAUUUCCGCAUGUCCAUGCUCCGUGGCUCCAGCUCCAGCUCUGGCGGCCAGUUUGGGACGGUUGUGCGCAGAACGUCGAUGGGCAGCAUCAACAGCCGCUAUUCGACCAUCUCCUCGGUUGCCUUCCCGCCAGAAGGAGGCGCGCCUCCUGGUGCGUUCCCGAGCUAUGUGGAUGAGAAUGCGACCGACGCCCGCAAGUCUGGCAUUUUCGGGACCAAGUCUCGGAAGGAGCUUCGAGACCAGCAAAAGGCGCUCGAGAGGGAGCGCAAGGAGCGGGAGAAGCGUGACAAGGUCGACAAGAAGGGCCAGCGCAAGGGCCGCCCCACGCUGGACGUUGCCGGCGCCGGUGGCAGCGGCGGGACACUCCGUGCUGACGGGUCGGGCCUGCCCAUCGACGAGCUGGACGAGGCCGCCGAACAGCAGCAGCAACUCGACGACAUUUACAGCGACGACGACACCUGGCCCCGUUUGCGUGAGCUCUAUCUCGGUGACAACAAGCUUGGCGACGACUGUCUCGAGAUUAUCAGCAAGCUCAAAAAUCUGCGUGUUCUGCAUCUCGGAAACAAUGCCUUGAUGGAGAUUGAAGGAUUGGGCAAGCUACGCAAGCUGCGCACGCUGUGUCUGUCCGGCAACGACAUUGCCUACAUUUCCGAAGACAUUGAGAACAUCAAGUACCUCCAUGCACUAUUUAUCAGCAACAACAAGCUUUCCAACCUCCCGACAGAGUUGUCCAAGCUCAAGUACCUGUGGACUGUGGAUGCGCGCGACAACAAUCUCCGUUGGAAUCUUCGAAAUGAAGAGUUUGACUGGAACUGGACGUCCAAUCCAGAGCUGCGGCAUCUGGAUAUUUCCGGCAACAAGCGCUUCAUCAUUAACGAUCCUAACGUCGACUUUUUCGGCAUGGUCAAGCUGAACCUGCUUGGUCUGGAAGGCGUGCAAGUCUACAACGACUUCCCCGAAAUUCUCCGGCCAGCCUUGCGCAUGGUCAAGGAGCCGGAUACCAAAGUGGGCGCCCGAUUUGCGCGGUUUGACUUCCGCUCUGGGUUGGCAGAGAUGCGACCUGGCUUGUAUCAGGCCAUGCGACCGCGCGCAGCCAGUGUUUCCAACUCGCUCGCAUCCAUCUUUACGCCACCUGCGGGUCCAACCGGUGCUCAUGCUGGCACUGUUCGCUCUUCUAGCGCUGGCCAGGCUGGCGCUACUCCAAACCGCCGCAGCCACAGCAACAGUAGCAGCAGCAGCAACGGCAAUGGCAAGAGCGGUGCGCAUAGUAGCGUGCGCCACCACAGCGCCGCCUCGCCUGGAGCCAUCACUCUGCAAGAGUUUUUCGCCGGAGAUGUCUCGUCGGCCGGCGGUCAUCCAGAGCGCCACAGCGGUGCAGGAACCGAGCCAUGCACCGAGUUUUUGCGCAUCGAUCGCUACCGCAACCGCCCUCGCUUGGCCUUGUUUGGUCUGUUUGACGGCCAUCGCGGCUCUGAGGUUUCUCGGUUUGUGCGCGAAAACUUCCUCGCUGUGUUUGAAGAAGAGAUGGGCAAGUGCAACCAGGACGCCAUCCGCGGUCUUCGUCGUGCCUUUUUGUCGCUCAAUCGCAAGCUUGGCGUGCUUCGCCUUGGCAAGCUGUGUGGCUCGUCGGGCCUCGUGGUGUUUUUGGACAAGGACAAGCUGUAUGCAGCCAACUUGGGCGAUUCGAUGGCUGUUCUUUGUCGCUCUGGCAAAGCCAAGCUGCUGUCCGUCAAGCACGCGGCGACCACCAUGGAUGAGCGCGAGCGCAUCAAGAGUGUCGGCGGUGCCGUGUCGGACGACGCUCGCGUUUUCGGCGCUGUGGACGCGUCGCGCGCCUUUGGUGACUUUUUCUGGGCGCCCAGCGUCAACUGCAACCCGCAUACGACCACCGAACCCCUCACGCAAGAGGAUGAGUUUGUCAUCCUGGCGUGCUGCGGUCUCUGGGACGUCAUGACGCCACAAAUGGCCGUCGAUAUUGCCAAGUCGGAACCCACGCCUUCCAAAGCUGCGCAAAAGCUGCGCGACUUUGCCUGGCUGUACGGCGCUCGCGACUCCAUCACCGUGAUGGUCGUCUUCACGCCCAGCUCGGCGCGCCUUCGCAAAAACCGCGACGGCAAGUCGGCGCUGCAGCAGCGCGGCUUUGACGGUGUGCCCACGAGUGUGGCAGACCUGAUCAAAGCUCCGGUUGGAAAAGUCACCCUGGUCUUUACGGACAUUACCAACUCGCUUGUGCUGUGGGAGCUGUACGAGAACGCCAUGCGCCAAGCGGUCAAGGACCACAACGACUUGCUGCGCAAGCUCUUGCGCCUGCACCGCGGCUACGAGGUGAAAACGGAAGGCGAAGCCUUCAUGGUCGCCUUUGACAACCCGAUGAAUGCACUGCGGUGGUGUCUGGAAGUCCAGCUGCAGCUCCUUGAGGUGCCGUGGCCGGAAGACUUGCUGGCCACGGACGACUGCAAGGAAAUCCGCAUUGCGCCCUCCAAGCGUGCCCCAAUCAGUGCGGCGGCUGCACGCAUGACGGAAACGUCCUCGCCAGUGCUGGGACGCAAGUCGGUUGCCUUCUUUGACAGCGUCUCUGGCUCGACCAGCUCGUCGCCCGUCCACGGCGGCCAAAACGGCGACGCUGCGCCUGUAGAGCGCGUCAUCUGGCGCGGUCUGCGCGUGCGCAUGGGCAUCCACACUGGUAAUCCCGACUGCGAGCCGGAUCCAGUCACCGGACGCAUGGACUACUUUGGUCCCACUGUCAACCGCUCGGCGCGUGUGACGGCUGUGGCCGACGGCGGCCAAAUCGUUGUGAGCAGCAGCGCGUGGGAAGAGCUCGAGGGUGACAUGCCGCACUUUGAGGACACGGCGGUUGCCAACCUUGGUUCGUUCGAACUGAAGGGCAUGGAAAAGAAGGAGACCAUCAAGCAAAUCCUGCCAGCGCGACUCGUUGAUCGCUCGCCAUUCUUCAUGCAUCCUCCUCGGCCUGCCGAGCCAGUGGCUGUUGCUGCCUCUUCGCCUCACCGACUGCACAGCACCCCCUCGUUCUCUUCGGCGACCCAGCUGUCUCAUUCACCUCAGAAGUAGAUGCAGAGGUUCCCUUUUUUUUUUUUGCCUUCAAGACAUUAUUCACCACCAUUCCCUUGAGGGCACAUUGUAUUAUUCUCGUUUUGGUUUCUUGUUUGCGUGUUGUGUUGUAUGUUGUUGUUUUGUUCGUUUAUUCUAUCCGAGUGGUUUGUCAUUAAUAG